UGACAAACUGUAGAGCUCACGUCACCCAGUGCUGAAUCAGUCUGGGUAAGUCAGCGAAGGUCUCAUCAGCUAACUCCACUGUACGACUACCAUGUCAUCAAUGACUGAGAGUCCCUUCACGGCCAGUGACUUUAUGGACCUACUGGGUGACGCUUCCCCGUGUGAUGUUGAGCUGAAUGUGACGCCCCAGAGCGCAUUAGAGGACCCAAAGGCCCGAAAGAAGGCCAGACACCGACAGGAGAUGGUCGAAUUUCGUCUCAACAAGAAAGAGAAGCAGAAGAGACUGGUAGCUGAGCAUCAACGACUGGAGCGAGAGAUGAAGACGCUGGUGGAAACAGUCAGAGCUGCUGCGGCCUGUAGCAGCGGUGACAGUGUGACCGACACGCGACAGGAGCUGGUGGUGGAGAGAGAAGCGCUACGUAAUCAGAACGUGGCGUUACGAGAGGAGAUCACGCGGUACGAGAAGUUUAAGAGUGUAGUACUGGAAGCAAGUCAAGAUCGAAUGGAGAAAGAGGAGUCGAACCUACUCCCAAAAGACAAGGCUGGUUGGCACGUUGGUGAAGGAGACACGUCGUUUUACUUCCACCCGUUCACGCGUGACGAGGUCGACGCUGAAAUGCGGAGAUUUGAGUCCGAAUUAGCCGAUGGGAUGCCGUCUCUUUCGCUGGCUGGAACGUUCUUUGGGUGGGAAGUAUACUACGCGCCAUUGGUUGCUUCAGAGGUGGACAGUACGCGGUUAGUGGCCCGCACUCGAGUUACCAAACGCCUGAGAUGCUCACUGGACGUACACACUCAAAUGUCUUACACAAAGCAGAAAGACCUCAGUCCUAUGAUCGUCACACCGAUCGGUUGGGGACUCCACCAACGAGGGAAAGCGAGUACCCAUGUACUACAAGAAUUUGACCAAGAUACACUCGUGUUCGCGCACGACAUCCCUGGAUUGGAGAAACAUCUCCGGUAUUUGUUUCAAGUGCGGAGGGCUCAGUGGAAACUGGCAGACGGAAGACGGAAGUUGACUGCGAGCUUAGCUAUCGUGGACUCCGAUUCUAACAGACGCAGUCGCGAUGCCGAUUCGCAUGAUAAUGUUGAGUGGGCCACCGAGGGAGGCAUCCAGGUGUCUGUCACCGAGGUGAACGAGAACUCAAUUAAGGUGGUCUGUGAUCACUGGGCGAGCUGUGAGAGCAAGCUGCACGCAGAGUAUCUGAUGAUCCAGUGGACACAAUUCGCAGUGUGGUGGGAACAACUGACAGUGCCGUCCAACUUGCUCCUUAACACUACGUAAAUCCUAUGCUAGACGUCUUUUAUCCGCUCAUAACAUUAUAUAGUAUCUCGAGUUUACCUAUCAGUUGCAAUUGUAAAUUUAUCAGUGGCUCAUAGUUGGUGCCGGUACGAAUACUAUGUAAGUGUUAAA